AUCCAUUCAAUUUGGAUAAUUUAGAAUUCCAGAGAAGAUUUCGCACAAAAGAUAUAUGUAGCCAGUUUAUCGACGACCUAAUGCCUCAUAUGAGUAACUCUCCUAAAAUUAACAUUAUCGAUCCUAGGACGAGAAUUUUAGUGGCACUUUCAUUUUAUGACACCGGUAGCUAUCAAAGACUUAUAGGUGAAAGCCACAAUAUUUCCAUAAGUCAGCAGUCUGUUUCAAAUUGUAUUAGAGACAUUUCUUCACUGAUAACUGAGCAUUUGGCAGAUAGGUAUGUGAAAUUCCCAACUACAAAUGAAGAGAGAAAUGUUAUCAAACUCGCUUUCCAUCAAAAAUAUAAUUUUCCAGGAGUCACAGGAGCAGUGGAUUGUACACACAUAAGGAUUUUACAUCCAGUCGAAGAAGAACACAAUUUUGUUAACAGAAAAGGAUAUCAUUCAAUGAACGUUCAAGUGAUCUGUGAUUCUAAUUUGAGAAUUCUAGCUGUAAAUCCGAAACAUGCUGGAUCUACACAUGAUGCAUAUAUUUGGCAUACUUCAGCUAUUCGUGAGGAAGUUGAAACACAAUAUAGACUUGAAAAUAGGAGCUGCUGGUUACUGGGUGAUUCAGGCUAUCCUUUGCAACCCCGGCUAAUGACUCCUAUUGUGAAUGCACUGCCAAAUACACCAGAAGGGAGAUAUACACAAGCUCAUUGUUCUGCAAGAAAUUGUAUUG